AUGGCCAACUCCAAUACUCGGCAGCUGAGGAUUGCCAUCGUCGGCGGCGGUCUCGCCGGUGCAGCAGCAGCCGGUGCGUUGUCGCGACUACCCAAUGUCCAAGUCAGAGCAUACGAGCGAGCGCCAGCCGUCCGUGAAGCUGGUGCUCAGAUCGCCGUCAUGGUCACCGCGCUCAAGGUUUUGCGCCGGAUACUCUCGCCAGCGGCAUGGGAGUACUUGCAGAGCAGGCUGUAUCGUGGAGAUGGAACUGAUGGCAUCCAUCAUCGACACUGGAAGACCGGGGAGAUCCUGACUAUAGCGAUUUCCCCAGACACGCCGCGUUACCUGCAAGAGGGGCGGACGUCUCGAGUCUCGCUGCAUCGGGCUCUAAUGAUAGAUGUCCCCGAUGGCGUUUUCGAGUAUGGAAAGGAGGUCCUCAAGGUCGAGUCCCAUCGGCAGAAGAAGGAGGUUUCUCUGCAUCUUAGCAAUGGAGAGACCAAAACGGCAGACCUGGUCGUGGUGGCCGACGGGUUAUAUUCGAAAAUACGCCGACAAUACCUCCCAGAGACUGAGGUCAAGUACAAGGGAUUGGUUGCCUACCGAAUCAACUUUUCGAUCUCCAGGCUGGCUCACAUUGAAGACCUCCCCAAUGACUCUUCGUCAUUUAGAAAGGGGUCCAAUGUGGUUAUACUUUCUCGCCUUGAAACGGGGACGUAUUCCUUUGCGGCUUUUCUCCAGGAACCUGAAGAAUUUGCGGCAUCUCUUCGGUGGGAGCACGCCUUGGGUCAAGCAGGCAUCCAUAGAAUCAAAGGCAAACUCGCGGACUGGCAUCCGCUGGUUACAAAGGUCCUGGAUGCACUGCCAGGUAUUGACGCAUAUCCACUUCAAGAGGCAAAGUGGAUGGAGCACCUCAUCCGCGACGACACUGUUGCGUUCGUUGGCGAUGCAGCACAUCCUACCGCCGGCGGCUGGGGCACAGGAAGUGCGUUCUGCUUUGCGGACGUGUGGGCGCUCUAUCGUUCGUUGCAUCGGACAUGUCAAGGGAAAGAAACGUACAAUAUCCCACAUGCUUUGCAACUGUUUAAUGAAUCGCGGCGCCACUUCUUGCAACGCGUGGAGCGGCAGUUUGACUACGACAAAAUGGAUACCAAGUACGUAAAUGAGGCUGUGGAUGAUCAUGACGAGUUUACGAAAAGGUACCGAGAACGAUAUACAUUGAUUUCGUGGAUCCUCGAGCAUGACCCAGAGCUAUGGUGGCAAGAAGUUGAGGCAGAAGAGAGGCACCGAAAUAUCCGGCAUGACAAGAGGCUCAGCCAGUUAUAA